GGCAUCCUAUUUCCUCACCCCUUAUUCUGCAGACUGCUCCUGCAUAAUAAUAGUAAUAAUAAUGAUAAUAAUAAUUUAGCCACAUUGCCCCCCCCCCCCCCCCCCCCCCCCAAUUUAACGAUUCGACCACCUCUCCUCUUCAACAAAUCCUUCCUCCUGAAAUUCACGUUUCAACCACCCAAAUGGCCAUUCUCUGCUAAACUCAAUCCUGGACGCUCGUUGCUUCCUCGUUUGACGCCCGGCACGGCCUUGCCCCGCUCCGCUGGUCGGCGCCUAGAGGAGGAGGAGGACCACGAGGAGCUCCAGAUCAAGAUCUAUCACCGCCGCAGCAAGGCCUGUUCGUCCGCCACCGGAAAUGUACGAGCCGUUCGAUAAGCACUUCCCAUGGUUGGUGCCCCUCUUCGUGAUCGCCAACAUUGGCCUCUUCGUCCUCACAAUGUACAUCAAUGACUGCCCCCGCCACUCCUCCAAAUGCUUCGCCGCCGAUUCUCUCGGCCGCUUCGCCUUCCAGAGCCUCAAGGAAAACCCUCUCCUCGGACCCGCUUCUUCUACGCUACAGCGAAUGGGGGCUCUAGUGGUGGAUAAAGUCAUUGAAGACCACCAGAUAUGGCGCCUGGUCACAUGUAUGUGGUUACAUGCUGGGGUCUUCCAUGUUCUUGCCAAUAUGCUGAGUCUGCUGUUUGUUGGGAUUCGGCUAGAGCAGGAGUUUGGAUUUGUGCGAAUUGGGUUGCUCUACGUUAUAUCUGGAAUAGGCGGGAGCUUGUUGUCGGCGUUGUUCAUCCGGAACACAAUUUCUGUGGGUGCAUCUGGAGCACUAUUUGGUUUACUUGGAGGCAUGCUUUCAGAACUUCUUACAAAUUGGACGAUAUAUACAAAUAAAUUUGCAGCGCUACUGAGUCUCGUUCUCAUCAUUGCAAUUAACUUAGCAGUAGGAAUCCUGCCACAUGUGGACAACUUUGCACAUAUAGGAGGAUUUAUGAGUGGGUUUUUCCUUGGAUUUGUGUUCUUGAUGCGCCCACAAUAUGCUUGGGUGAGAGAAAGAAGCUCUCCUCUUAACUACUUUGGGACCGCCCCUAAAUCUAAAUAUAAGGUCUAUCAGUAUGUAUUGCUGGUUCUCUCUCUCAUAAUUCUUAUUUGCGGAUUCGCUAUUGGCCUGAUUUUACUCCUCCGCGGGAUUGAUAUGAAUAAAUACUGUUCUUGGUGUCAUUAUUUAAAAUGUGUUGAUACCUCUUUAUGGAAAUGCCAACCAGAGCAACAAGGCUGUGAGACCAGAACUAUCGGAAAUCAGGUGAUGAUGAAAUGCCUGAGCAAUGGGAAGAGCAGUAUCUACAUGUUGGAUGGUCAUAACAGCAGCCCAAGUCUGGAGGAGCUGUGCUUCGAGCUUUGCAGUUGACGUGCACGUUGAUGCGCAGGAGAUGGCCGAAGUCGAAGAUAGUUUGAGCCUUCAUUCUAAACAAUCGAGAGUGCAUCUGCUUCACUUUUUACAUCUCCAUCCAUGUACUAUAAUUCUGUACAAGUAUCCUUGUUUCCAGAGUUACAUAAUAUCAUCAUCUUCCCACU